CUCCUUGAAAAAAGUGUUUUUAUUUAUUUAAUUUUUUAUAAACGCCUCAAAGAAGUGAAACAUCCGCCUGUUUUUUUCUUCUGCGUGUAACCUUGAUUGGAAAAAUCGGCAGCAGGGCACAGAGAGAUGCAUUGAAACAGCCUCCAUGCGGGAGAAAGGCCUUAAGUGAGGGCAUCACGUCUCUCAUUUGGACCAUUUCCUCAAAGCGAGGACAAAAAAACAGAGCAAUGAAGACGCUUUGGGUGAAAUAAGCACCAUUGUAGUAAGUCAUACUGAUGGAUUACGGGCGUAAGAGGAAACUUUCUUUUCUGACAAUUGGACUGCUGUUUUUCCUGAGCGGUAUUGAAUAUGCCGUUAUCCUCCCGACUAUAUGGAGGUAUCUGCAGAUUCUCAACGCCCCGCCAUAUUUCCUCGGACUCGGCCUGUCUGCGUUCAGUUUCAGUGGACUUGUGACGGGGCCGUUGUUUGGACGCUGGUCUGAUAGAACUGGCGCUACAAAGACCAUCAUCCUUUUCUCUAACCUCUUUGAGAUUGUCGGGAACUUCAUGUACUUCAUAGGCUACUCAAAAUGGCUUCUCCUGUCCAGUCGACUUGUUGCAGGCGUCGGUGCUGGCGCAGGGUCAUCCAUUUUUGGUUUCCUGACGCGGACCACCGUUCCUGAAGAACGAGCUCGGGUGUUUGCCGCUGUGAUGGCAUCACGCCAAGCCGGACUCCUGAUCGGGCCUGCUUUUAACAUUUUCCUUCGACUGUGUGAUUUUCGACUGGGACCCUUCAUUGUGAACAAGUACACCGCCCCGGGGCUCUUCAUGUGUGCCAUGUGGCUGGUCCUCCAGUUAGCAGUGGUUCUGCUGUACUGGGAUGUCCCUCCGCUGGACUCCGUGCCCGAGAUGUACACUGCCCUCCGCCGUGUCAAGGAGGAAGAAGAGCGGCCGCUCGUGCGCCUGCAGGGUGAGGAUGGUACACCAGGGUCAGGCUCCUACACCAUGGCGAUGUCUGAUCAGGCCGAGACGCGGCUUUCAGAAGAACUCGGGCCAUCCGAGUAUGAAGCGACGCCUGCUUCAGACAGUCCUCAUUCCCCUGAUGACCCCUUUGAGAACUUCAAUGCCAGCCAAGAGUUCCUGAGGGAGGAGGUGGUGGUUCUCCUCACCGCACAGUUCAUCACGCUCUUUAAUCAGACCGCACUCGAGACCAUGGUUACACCGAUGACGCAGAAGUACUUCGGCUUUGGUGAGCUGGGGAACAGUGUGAUGUACGGCCUGUGCGGUGUGGAGGUGAUUGGCGGGUUUUUCCUCGUGCGCUGGCUGAGCCGCGUACUUGAGGAGCGCGUGCUGCUCGCCGCCGGCCUGCUCGUGAGCUGCGUGGCCUGCGUCUGGUGCCUUGUCUUCCUUGCCGACCCCAAGGGUGGCUUUGCGCUGGAGCUGACCGAGUUCAUUAUUGGGGUGUUCCUGCAGUUGAUGGGGCUUCCCUUCGUCGCCGUGUCCCAAGUGUCCCUCUUCUCCAAAGUCACUGCGGAGAAGACGCAAGGCUUUAGUCAAGGUGUACGGCGCUCCAUCGGAGGUCUUGCCACCAUCCUGGGGCCGCUCUGGGCGGGUGGUUUGACUGGAAACUUGUACGUGAUGCUGGGAAUGAUGCUGUUUCUCCUCACGCUCAUUAUGAUCAUGAUGGCGCUGUCCUAUGACAAACUGGUGGAGCCCCCGGUGGUGCGGCACGCAGAUGACUCUGAGAGCGAAGGGUAGAGGAGGAGGUCGCUCGUUCGCACGUCAAACCGUACAGGUGAGAAGGAACAGGAGGAUGUUCGGAUUUUUAGGUCACAAGCUGAUCGUUUCUAGUGCUACAUAGUUUUAUAGAAACAGCAAUCUAGUUAUGUGUAGCUGGCUCGCUAGUUUUACGCUAACUAAUUGUAUGUUAGCUAGUUAACUUUUAUGUAGACUAGCGACUUUGAUGUAGCUGGCUAGCUAGUAAACUUUUACACAGACUACCCAACAAGCUGGUUAUGU